UCAGCGAGGCGGUUUUCCCAGAUUGGAAGUCCCGAAGAGCCGCCCCACCCCACCAAUCCAACCCCAAUAGUUCCGGGACCGACCAGCAAACCCUAGCUCCACAUUCACCCACUAGCCAUGGCGCCGCCGGCGGCGGAGGGUCCCGGCGACGACGGGCUCCGAAAGUUGGAGUACCUGUCGCUCGUCUCCAAGGUCUGCUCGGAGCUGGAGACGCACAUCGGUGUAGGCGACAAGGUUCUGGCUGAGUUCAUUACCGAGCUCGGCCGCGACGCCCCCUCGGUCGCCGAUUUCGACGCCAAGCUCAAGGCCAACGGCGCCGACCUCCCCGACUACUUCGUCCGCACGCUCCUCACCAUCAUCCACGCCAUCCUCCCGCCGCCCUCCCAUAACCCUAGCUCCGCCGCCUCGCAGUCCAACUCCAAGUACCGCGCGCUCUCGCGCCCGGACGACGCAGAUCGCGCCCGCGAGCUCCGCCUCGAGCUUGAGCGUGAUGCCAAUGCCGCAGCGGCGACCACCCCUGCCCCUUCCAGGGACCGCAGUCGCGAUGACCGCUCUCGGGACCGUGACCAUGACCCCAAGCGUGAUGAACCACGCGGACGGGAUCGUGACCAUGACCGCAGUCGUGACAGAGACCGCGGGCGUGGUGAUCGCAGCCAUAACCGUGACCGUGCACAUGAUGACCGUGGCCAGGAUCGUAACCAUGACCGAGGUCGUGAACAUGAUAAUGGCUGGGACAGGGAUCGAGACCGUCGUCGCGACAGAGUCCGGGAGGGAGAUCGGGAUGGUAAUGGUCGGAGGGAUCAGGACCGCCUCCAGCAAAGGGACAGGGAUACAGGCAAGGCCCAUGGAAGGAGCAGGAGGUAUGUGGAUGAGGAGGAGGGACAGCAGGAAAGGGCUGGAAGAAGGAAGAUGGAGAAUACCAUGACAAAUUCAAGUGGCGAGCCUGAGCUUUACCAGGUGUACCGGGGGAGGGUGACCCGUGUAAUGGACACCGGUUGCUUUGUCAAGCUUGAGGAUGUUCGUGGUGGCUGUGAGGGGCUUGUUCAUGUAUCGCAGAUGGCAAGCAGACGGGUAGCCAAUGCAAAGGAGGUGGUGAAGCGCGAUCAGGAGGUGUUCGUGAAGGUAGUUUCGGUAAAGGGAGAUAAGUUGAGUCUCUCACUGAGAGAUGUGGAUCAGGAUACAGGAAAGGACCUUCUGCCAAUGCAGCGUGGUGUGGAGGAUGCACCAAGGACUAACCCAUCUGUUGGUAGUGCUGCUGCUGCUGGGCCUGGAAGGAGGUUGGGUCUAUCGGGGAUUGUGAUUACAGAGGAGGAUGAGGUUGCACCCAUCUCGCGGCGUCCCCUCAAGCGGAUGAGCUCACCAGAGAGGUGGGAGGCGAAGCAGCUAAUUGCUUCGGGUGUUCUUGAUGUGAGGGAUUACCCACAGUUUGAUGAGGAUGGCGAUGGAAUGUUGUAUCAGGAGGAAGGCGCAGAGGAGGAGUUGGAGAUUGAGCUUAAUGAGGAUGAACCAGAGUUCUUGCAGGGACAGAGCAGAUUCUCAAUUGACAUGUCACCUGUUAAGAUUUUCAAGAAUCCAGAGGGUUCAUUAAGUCGAGCAGCAGCUCUCCAGACUGCUCUCAUCAAGGAGCGCCGUGAGGUUAGAGAACAAGAGCAGAGAGCAAUGCUGGACUCGAUACCCAAGGAUCUGAAUAGGCCAUGGGAGGACCCAAUGCCCGACACAGGCGAGCGACACCUUGCACAGGAGCUUAGAGGUGUUGGUCUAUCAGCUUAUGACAUGCCAGAAUGGAAGAAGGAAGCAUAUGGAAAAGCUUUAACGUUUGGGCAAAGGUCAAAGCUUUCAAUACAAGAUCAGAGGCAAACUCUUCCAAUAUACAAGUUGAAGAAAGAGUUGAUUCAAGCUGUGCAUGAUAAUCAAGUUUUAGUUGUUAUCGGAGAAACUGGCUCUGGAAAGACAACGCAGGUGACACAAUAUUUGGCUGAAGCCGGUUAUACCACAAGGGGUAAAAUUGGUUGUACUCAACCUCGUAGGGUGGCUGCAAUGUCUGUUGCAAAGAGAGUGGCAGAAGAAUUUGGCUGUCGACUGGGAGAAGAAGUUGGUUAUGCCAUUCGCUUUGAGGAUUGCACUGGCCCAGAAACUGUGAUAAAAUACAUGACCGAUGGAAUGCUUCUGCGUGAAAUUUUAGUUGAUGAGAACCUUUCCCAGUAUUCAGUAGUCAUGCUUGAUGAAGCGCAUGAAAGGACCAUCCACACAGAUGUUCUCUUCGGUUUGCUGAAGCAGCUUGUUAAGCGUAGACCUGACAUGAGGCUUAUUGUUACUUCUGCUACCCUUGAUGCUGAAAAGUUCUCUGGGUAUUUCUUCAACUGCAACAUCUUCACAAUUCCGGGAAGAACAUUCCCAGUGGAGAUACUCUACACCAAACAACCAGAAAGUGACUACUUGGAUGCUGCAUUGAUUACCGUGCUGCAGAUCCACUUGACAGAGCCAGAGGGUGAUAUCCUCGUUUUCUUGACUGGUCAAGAGGAGAUUGAUCAUGCCUGUCAAUGUUUAUAUGAGAGGAUGAAAGGGCUGGGAAAGGAUGUUCCUGAGCUCAUAAUUUUGCCUGUGUAUAGCGCUCUGCCUAGUGAAAUGCAGUCAAAGAUCUUUGAGCCAGCUCCACCUGGGAAGAGGAAGGUGGUCGUAGCCACCAAUAUUGCUGAAGCUUCUUUAACCAUUGAUGGCAUAUAUUAUGUCAUCGACCCUGGCUUCGCCAAAAUCAAUGUUUAUAAUUCAAAACAAGGGCUUGAUUCAUUGGUCAUCACUCCAAUCUCACAAGCAUCGGCAAAACAAAGAGCAGGGCGUGCUGGCCGUACUGGACCAGGCAAAUGUUAUCGUCUAUACACUGAAAGUGCUUACCGCAAUGAAAUGUCACCAACGACGAUUCCAGAAAUUCAAAGGAUCAAUUUGGGUUCUACAGUUCUUAAUAUGAAGGCAAUGGGGAUAAAUGACCUACUAUCGUUUGAUUUUAUGGACCCCCCAGCACCCCAAGCACUUAUCUCUGCUAUGGAACAGCUUUACAGCCUUGGCGCUCUUGAUGAGGAGGGCCUUCUUACCAAACUGGGCAGAAAAAUGGCUGAAUUUCCACUGGAUCCACCACUUUCAAAGAUGCUACUAGCUAGCGUCGACCUUGGAUGCAGUGAUGAGAUACUGACUAUUAUAGCGAUGAUUCAAACGGGGAAUAUUUUCUAUAGGCCUAGAGAAAAACAGGCUCAAGCUGAUCAGAAAAGGGCCAAAUUUUUCCAGCCAGAGGGAGAUCAUCUUACUCUACUUGCUGUAUAUGAGGCUUGGAAAGCAAAGAACUUUUCAGGGCCCUGGUGCUUUGAGAACUUUGUUCAGUCAAGAUCGCUAAGGAGGGCACAAGAUGUCAGAAAGCAGCUUCUAACUAUCAUGGACAGAUAUAAGUUGGAUGUUGUUGCUGCUGGGAAGAACUUCACGAAAAUAAGGAAAGCAAUCACUGCCGGCUUCUUUUUCCAUGCUGCCAGGAAAGAUCCCCAGGAAGGAUACAGAACCUUGGUGGAGAACCAGCCAGUGUACAUUCACCCAAGCAGUGCGCUGUUCCAGCGCCAACCAGAUUGGGUCAUUUACCACGAGCUUGUAAUGACGACCAAGGAGUAUAUGAGGGAGGUGACCGUAGUUGACCCGAAAUGGUUAGUGGAGUUAGCGCCAAGAUUCUACAAGGGCGCAGAUCCAACCAAGAUGAGCAAGAGGAAGCGACAGGAAAGGAUUGAGCCUCUGUACGACAGGUACCACGAGCCCAACUCAUGGCGUCUCAGCAAGCGCCGAGCUUGAUGGUCCAUCAUAAUACCCUACCACAAGUUUUGGCGGAACUGUAAAUACUUGUGCUCUACUCCUAGACACUGUUGCACUAGGUAUUUUUACCUACCGGAGUCUAGUCCUGGAUACCGUUGUAUGGAUAUUUAGUUAUUUACACUUCAGCGCUCGACCAUUACUGGGUGAUUCAGUUUUUCCAGUUUCGGAUAAUUUAGAUCGGAUAAUUUAGAUAA